AGACCUCCAGCGAGCCAGACCAAGAACCCCCCAACCCCCUUCCCUCCGCCAAAGAACCUAGUACCGCCGCCCCGCCAUGACGGGCUCUAGCAGAGAGACUUUGGCCAUGGAGAUGAACCAGUCCGCAGCCUCCGUGUCCUUCGGCAAGAGGAACGGCUGCUACGUGAACAGGAGCGUGGCCGUGAUCCUGGGGCUCUUGUUCGUCAGCGCCACAGUGGCCACGGGGCUUCUCGUGUAUUACUACGCGCCGCAGGUCAGAGAGGCGGGAGACCCUCUCAACCUCGCCAGAACCUCGCUAGCCACGGAACGCCCCAUGGUCCCUACCACCCCCAUGACCCCAGCGUCAGAGGUCAAACCCAAAAUCGACGUGAGGCUUCCGCGAUCCGUGAAACCCUUGCACUACAAGGUCAAACUCCAGCCUCUCAUCAACGGGAACUUCAGCAUCCUGGGUUACGUCGAGGUCGAGGUCGAGGUGCUGGAGGCGACGUCGAAUGUCACCCUCCACAUCGCUGACAUUGUGACCAAGAAUGAGACGAUAAAGCUCGCCCCAUCCGACCAAGUCCAAGGGCCUGGCAUCGGCAUCAACAAACACAGCUAUGACAACGAGAGACAGUUCUACGUCGCCGAACUCGGAGAAGAACUCGAGGUCGGGAAGAAAUACGUCUUGUCGAUGGACUUCGAAGGGUACCUCAACGACCAGCUCCACGGCUUCUACAGUCGACUUACAAGGCGAGGACGGAGCGACAGGUGGGUGGAACUGUUGAUCGCCUCGACCCAGUUCCAGCCCACGGACGCCCGCAGAGCUUUCCCUUGCUUCGACGAGCCCGGGAUGAAGGCGACUUUCGAGGUGUACCUGGGCAGGGAGGAGGGCAUGUCGUCCAUUUCGAACAUGCCCAAGUUUGAAUCCAUCCCCAUAGAGGGACAGCCAGGAUGGGUGUGGGACCACUUUAACACAAGCGUCCCCAUGUCCACUUACUUGGUUGCCUUCGUCAUCUCGGAUUUCUCCCACAUGAACUCCACCGCCAAUGACCACGUCUUGUUCAGAGUGUGGGCCCGCAAGGCAGCCAUCGAGCAGGCCAACUACGCGCUGACAACAGGACCUGACAUCCUGACCUUCUUCGAGGGCUACUUCAACGUGCCUUUCCCACUUCCCAAGCAGGACAUGAUCGCCAUCCCGGACUUCUCGGCGGGAGCCAUGGAGAACUGGGGCCUCAUCACCUACAGAGAAACGGCCAUGUUGUACGACCCCGCAGUCUCCGCCGCGUCUAACAAGCAGCGGGUGGUAGUGGUAGUUGCGCACGAACUCGCCCAUCAGUGGUUCGGCAAUUUGGUCACGCCCGAGUGGUGGACGGACCUCUGGCUCAACGAGGGCUUCGCGUCCUUCAUGGAGUACCUGGGUGUUGAUCAUUCCGAGCCCUCCUGGAAGAUGAUGGAGCAGUUCGUCCCCGAUGACCUCCACGACGUCUUCGCCAUCGACUGCCUGGAAUCCUCGCAUCCUAUCAGCAUCCCUGUCGGCCACCCGGACGAGAUCAACGAGAUUUUCGAUCGUAUCUCCUACGCUAAGGGUGCUUCGAUUAUCCGCAUGAUGAACCACUUCUUGACGGAGGCCACCUUCAGGAAGGGCCUCUCCAAUUACCUCACGGACCUGAAAUACCAGAACGCAGAGCAGGACGACCUUUGGCAGUACCUGACGACAGCGGCCUACGAGGACAACACACUCCCCACAGACAUCAGUGUUAAGAAAAUCAUGGACACUUGGACACUGCAGAUGGGUUACCCUGUGAUCAAGGUGACGCGUAGCAGUGACGGCACUUCGGCCACGGUUACCCAAGAACGCUUCCUCCUCGUCAAGAACCCCAACUCGACGGACACCCACGACUACAAGUGGUGGGUCCCUCUGUCCUACACCACGGAGACCAGCCCGGACUUCGAGACGACGAAGCCCCAGCGGUGGAUGAUGGACACGGAGCAACAGCUCACCAUUUCCUCUCUCCCGGCGAAGGACAAGUGGGUGAUCUUCAACGUGCAGGAGACGGGUUAUUACAGGGUCAACUACGACGCCGAGAACUGGAACCUGAUCAUCCAGCAACUCAAGGACCAGCAUGAGUCGAUUCACGUCAUCAACAGAGCGCAGAUUAUCGACGAUGUUUUGAACCUCGCGCGUGCCGGCCAGGUAUCCUACGACACGGCCCUGAGCGUGAAUGCCUACCUGGGCAAGGAAGUGGAGUACGUACCUUGGGACACCGCUCUCAACAAUCUGGGUUACCUGGAAAAUAUGUUCACUCGGUCCAGUGGCUACGGCGAUCUCAAGAGCUACCUCCUGGACAUCCUGAUCCCCCUCUACAACUCCGUGGGCUUCGAGGACAACCUCAACGACCCCCACUUGGACCAGUACAAGCGGGUUAAGGCUCUCUCUUGGGCGUGCAACCUCGGCUACCAAGACUGCGUGGAUAAUUCGCAGUCUCUCUUCAAUACGUGGGUGCUGAACCCUACCAAUACCAGCCUCAUCUCCCCCAACCUGAAGUCGACGGUCUACUGCACGGGCGUGGCUGAGGGCGGCGAGGAGGAGUGGAACUUCGCGUGGGAACAGUACAUCAACUCGAACGUCGCCACAGAGAAGGCCAAGCUCCUGUCCGCCAUGGGUUGUACCAAGGAAGUGUGGAUUCUGUCCAGGUACCUCGACAUGGCGUUCACGGAAGGCAGCGGCAUCCGGAAGCAGGACGCGUCGCAGGUCUUCGCCGCCGUCGCCAGGAAUGACGUGGGGCGCUACCUGGCCUGGAACUACCUCAGGGACCAGUGGCAGAAGAUCGCCGAUUACACCGGCACUUUCACGACCCUGGGUGAUAUGGUUAACACGGUCUCCUAUGAGUUUAACACCAGGGAGGAGAAGCAUGAGCUGGAACUCUUCAAGCAACAACACGAAGGCCAGCUGGGCACAGCAACCCGCGCCGUCGACCAAGCCAUCGAGAGAACAGAAAAUAACAUUAAGUGGAUGGAUAACAACUAUGACGUCAUCAUGCAGUGGUUGGCGGACAACGGUUACUCUUCCAAGCUCAAGAGUCUGUGAAAUCUGAAUGCGUUUGAGACCGACUAGGCAGUGUGAUUCGAUUUUUUUAUUGUUUAUUUGUUUUUUUUAUAGCACUGUUAAUUUUUUUUUCUUUCUUAAAUUUGGAUUAGGGUUUUAUUUUUAUUUUUAUUUAUUAUUAUUUCUUGAUGGUUUUAUUACAUUUUACUUGUUACUUUCGUUACUGUUAUUUUGGUUCUUUCGCUAGAUUCAUUUUUUUUUUUUUUUUUUUAUUACGUAAUUUCAUUCUACGUAAGCAAUUUAUUCCCCGAAUUAUUUUAGUUACAAACUAACAUUACAAUUUUCUCUCUUCACUCCAUAAUCGAAUCAUUUACAAUGGUGCUCCUUUUAUUACAAAGUUUUUUUUUCCCUUCGAUACUUCGCAAGAAAUAUCGAAAAAACACACAAAGAAUAAGCUCCUUUUCACGUCUUCCCAUUUUCCGCGACGAAAUGCCAAAAAAGGAAAACAAAAUGGCACGGGAAUGCCUAUUUUAAUCCUAUUUUGGUAACUAAAAAACUAAAACUUUCUCCUCUGCAAAACAUAUCAGAUUAAAUUACAACAAGAGUAUCUCUACUUUAUAGAAAAUAUUUUAUAAGGAAGAAAACAUCAUUUUUUAAAAGUAAUUCCAGUGAGCUAUAGAAAUUGGGACUCGUAAUGUAUUUAUCACAUGAGAAUCCUAAGAAGUGAAGAUAUUAUGAGUUUCCUCUCAUUCAAGUAAUUCAGUAAUAUAAUGCGUUUUGCAGUAUCCAAGACGUCCAAAAUACAGACAAAAAUAAGUAUUUUCAUAUGCUAUAUAAUUUACCUUAAAUCUUAAAGACAAUAAAGACCUUUUUUUCGUAUUUUAAGGAUUUCGUGGUUGAAUAAGGCUUGUAAAUCACGCUCAAACUGGAGCUGUAAUUUAUAGUAUGUUUUGGAUCAAUUAUAAAUGAUAUAAGUGAUCCAUGGGGUUUCUUUUUUAAUCAUUGUUGUCACUUUUUCGAGUUGAAAACCUUUUUAAGAGGGAUUUGAUCCUCUGUGGACUGAAGACUUUGAACUAGCCUUAGUAGAGACGGGCAGGUUUAUACAUAUAUAAAUAUAUAUAGAUAUAUAUCAAAGAUAUUGCAGAUUUUUAUAAUACUUUCACUAUAUAGUAUACGCAUAUUAUGUAUAUAGAUAGUGACACAAGAAGAAUAAAGAGAUAAUUGUA